CACACCUAUGCCCUGAUCAUCAACCAUGAGCCUAACACACACAGCAGCUCAGCUCAGCUCAGCUCAGUGGAUUCUAAUCUAAGCCUCUGCCUGGGUCUUGCUGCUGGGAUUGCCCUGUCUGUCUUCAGUCCCUUUGCCUCUUUUGGAUCCCUCCCUCCAUCCCUCAUUCCCCAGUUUAUCCCCCCCCCCUCCUUUCCCAUUUACCACUGGCUGGGCUGUCCCCUCUGUGCUAUUCUCCGGGGGGCCCUUUAACUCUUUGGACAUCUCUGUCUCUGGCUGUUUCUCCAUCUCUGUCUCUGUCUCUUUCUUUGCUUUUCUCAGGACCUCUGCUCUUUGAAGUUUUACAUUCUUGCCUUUUGGCUCUGGGCUCUGUGCUCUGGUUUCUGUGCUGUGGUCUCUGGGCUCUUGGAGGCUGGGCACAGAGUGGAGGGGACUGAGUGAGUGAGUGGGCUGCCUGGGAGUGGCAGACAGGAUGCAGGGAGUGGAGUAGGGUGGCAACAGGGUGUUGGUUCCGGAGGCUUAGCUAGAGGAGUGCUGGAUUAGGGCAGGCCAGUGGACCCCAGGCAGCUAGGGUUAGGAUGGCCUGGGUUAGAAUUAGCGCAGGGUUGCAGUUUAGCCAGCCUCUGGGCUUAACAGGCAGGGAUUUAGGGAGGCAAUGGGCUGCCACGCCCCAGCAGCCAUGCCACACCCCAGGCUGGAUUGGAUCUGCUGUGGGUUCAUGCACCAUGAAUUCCACAGCCUAGGUGAAAUUUUCCAAGUGGGAAAAGUCUGUCUGCUGACUGAACAUCGAAUUCUCCGAGGCUUUCCUGCUUCCUCUCAGCAUCCAAGGCCUCCGAGGUUCUCCUGUGUCCCUGAGUCCCUGGCUUUCUGAUUUCCAAGAUUGGGCAGAGUUCAGUCAAGGUUCCCUGCCUGGCUUUAAACCCUGCUUUGUCUGGGAUUUCUGGGUUCCCUGAGCUCCCUGGGUGCCCUGCCUCCUCUAUCCUCUCUGCCUCUUCUGGCUGCCCUGGCUGGCUUCCCCAGUCUCCCUCCUGGCUUCCCUGGCACCCCUUCUUCCCAGGCUCCCUGGGCUCCCUGGCUCCUCCUUGCCUUCCUUCGUGGUCCCUGGGUGCUGCUCUGCCUCCCCAGGCUUCUCCGCCUCCUCUGUCUGCCCUGGAUUGCCUCCCUGAUGUCCUUGCUUCCCGGGCCCCCUUCCUUCCCUGGCUGCUUGCCUUCCUCUGUGCUCCUGGCCUGGCUGCCAGCCUCCUUGCCUUCACCCAGGGGCAUCAGCACAGGCCACCCUCCCUCCUAGUCCUCACUGUCCACGUGGCCAUCCCAUUUUGGUGAUUCUCCCAUCCAGAGUUCUUUGGAGUACACCCUGCUGAUCCCCACUCGCUGAUGGCUCUCUGCCCUCUCAGCCCUAAUCCUUAAUCAGCCCCAUAUUCUUUUCCACUUUUUUAAAAUGAAAAUCCUGGGGGCUGGGUGUUUAACUCAGCGGCAUAAACACCUGCCUUGCAAGCAGGGGGUCCUGAAUUCGAUCCCCGGUACAGAUAAAAAUGAAAAAGACCAAGAAAAAAAAAUGAAAUGAAAACCCUGCCUCUGAAAUCCUGAGUCCACCCCAUAAUGCCAUCCUCCUCCUCAGCCAAUGAGCGAGCCAGGAAGUGAGUGAAGGGAAAGGGGACUUCCGGGACACCAGGGUGGUGCCACAGGAGGAGAUGAAAGGAUUAGGGGCCAGGUUGAUGGGAUCUGCAGCCAGCAUGGAGGGAUUAGCUGGGCUGCACGGGCGUGGCCAGAUCUUGGGCUCCUGGGCUCCAGGGUUUCCCAUGCAUUCUCCCUGACUGACCUCAAGCCUUAACAAGCUCAGGCACCAGACACCAUGCAGCAGGAGUUAACCAGCCCACACAGCCAGACCUCUGGCUGGCCCUCCAGAGCUCCCCUUCCCUGCUUUCUCUCUCCAUUCCCCUCCAGGUUCCCAGGACCCAUCUUGCUGGCCCAGCUCCUGGCUCCCAGCUCUCCCAGGAGCUCUGCCUGCUUGCCUGGCUACCUGCCUGACUUCAGGGACCCCAUGACAAUGCGGACCAAGAAGAGAUGGGGACAACAGCCAUCUGCCAUGCAUCGAGUGAGGUUCCUGGGACUUGGCACUCCCAGCUCCUGGAUCCUGGCUCACCAUGCAUCUCCUCCCUCCUGCCAGCCUGCCUGCCCUCCAGGACCCCGUGAUGAUGCGGGCCACGAUGAGUUGAGGCGGACAACAGCUGUCCACCAGACAGCCAGCAAGGUUCCUGGAACCCAGCUCUCUGGGCUCAGGGCUCUGGCCCCCCCAGCUGCAGCCUCCCAGCUCCAAGCUGCCGGCUCUGCUGGAAGCUCCUACCUGCCUGCCUGCCUGACUGCCUGCUGGCCUUCCUGCCUUCCAGGACCCCACGACGAUGAGCAAGAGGAGAUGAGGGGGACCACAGCCAUCCAGCACACACCACAGCACAGCCAGAUGACCACCUGGGCUGGCUGUUGGUGUAGACCAUGAGCAUCUAUAGGCUCAGAUCCCAGAGCAUAUACUUUGUGCAGGGAAGGUUUCCCACGUGGCACUGCGGCUUAGGUCGGAGACUGGAGGCCACUGGGUUCCAUACCAAUCUCUGAUGGCUGCUGCUGGACACCAGUACCCUCUGAGGUGGUGCCAGGACCCUCGGAUGGCUAUAGAUAUGUAUCCUGCCCGUUUCUACUGUGCACGUGUGUGUGAGUGUGUGGGGGAUGCCUUGCCCCAGCAGGGCCCUCCUACAUGUUCGGGCCAAGGGGUCAGGAGAUUCGUAAGGAAGGCUAUGACCAAGGAAGGAGGCCAUCGGGGAGCACCAGGGGGCACCCGCACAGCUGACACACAAAUGGACGUGAGGGUCACAUGGACUGGUUCACCUGUCUGUGGCAAGUGAAGACAGAAGAACUGUACCGACACACAGAUGGGCACAUUUUCCUGGGGCCCAUGUCUUCGAGGAACCUGCAGCCUUGUCACCCUCUGUCUAUCUGUCUGAUCAGAAGGGAGUUACCUUGUUACCUGCCACCAAGGGUGCCAUAGCAAGCGGUGGCUGUGUCUGAUGACAGACAGGAGAGAGGUGGUGCCACGUGUUGUUGGCUGUCUCUGUCUUUGGGCUGCAUGUAGGGGAACUCAGGGUUGUGUGUGUAUAGGGCUGGGUCAGCAUCCAGUGUGUGCCAGGACUGGCCUGGGUCCUUCUGAGAGCAGGCACAGCCCCUGGAAUGAAUUCCUGCUGUUGGUCUUGCCUGCCUCCAUGGGGCCUCCAAUGUUGGGGUCUUUUCCCCCUACCCUUACCUUCAUCCUGGGCUCUGCAUAGAUCCUUCAGGCUCAUACGAUGGUCUGCAUCAUGCCCACUAGCUACCCUCCAGGGCUAACAAUGGAAGGUUGUUGGGGUCACAGAGCAGCCUGAUAUUGGCUCCUCCUCUGAGGUUGAGGAAAGAGCAGUGCCAGUACCCUCUAAAGGGACUGAAUCUCUCUGUAGAGCACAGCCUAGUGUGACCCAUAUAGUUCCACCCUCCAACUGGGAGGGGGACUGAAGACCUCUAGUUCUGAUGAGCCCACCCAUCACUGAUGAAUGUCAGAUUCUAAUUAAGUCACUUCCAGCAGGACUUCUAGAGCCAGGAGGUGGUUGUUGAGGAUUUGGGGAGCAGUGUAUUAAGUUGCGGGAGUGGCCCUGGGGGGGUUCAUGUUAGGUCUACCAGAGGGGUGAGGGUUAGAGAUCUGCUGGGAUUAGGGAGCCAGUGGCUUAGAGAAGCCCCUAUUCACAUGAACCCCCACCUCCUACUCCAUCCCCCACCCACCACAAAGGAAUGCCAGUUUAGAUGCUGGAUUAGAAUCAACCCCACCCUAGAGGAAGUUGCUGUGUUGUACCAAAAAGCAACUUGACAGUCUAGUUGAAUUGUUCCCCAUGGAAAAAUUUAUUGCAUUUCUCUUUUCCUAACGUAGCAUCCUGAAACAUGGAGAAAUCACUGGCUCACCUUAAAAGUCCCAUCAGAGCAGCAAAAGGAGCCAGCCAGCAGGGUGAACCACGCCCCUUCCCCAGGCCUGCCUCACACAGGAGACAAAAAUCAGCCCUCUUACUUCACCAAAGGAGGCGGGAGGAGAAAGGUGUCUGUCUGUCUGUCUGAUGCUGAGUGAAAAUCCAUGUCAACCUCUAGCUGAAUGUCAUUUCCAGUGGGAUACCUGUCUGCCUGUUUGGUUUGGUGGUUCUCAGAUCCAGAGAUCCGUGAAAAAACACAGAAAGAGUGUUCAGGCUUGGCUCCCUGGCUCCCAGCCUCCUGCGCUCACACUGGGCACUGAUGAGUGCAGGUUCACAACACAAACAUGCUCCCCCCGCAUCCACCCACACCCCAACUCUAACAACCCACACAGAUGUCCUGAUCAUCACCUAUAAAACUGGCAUAUGAAGCUCAGCUCGGCUCAGCACUGCACUGCUCUGCUUCACUUGGCUCUGCUCAGCUGGGCUCCAUAAACCCCACAUGUGUCUGUCUAUCCAUUUGCCCCCUGAUUGGACUGACUCCUAGAUCAUCAUCCAUGAACCCACUUGGGACCCGUUUCUCUCUGUUUGCUCUCUCUCUCUCUCUCUCUGUCUCUCUCUCUCUCUCUCUCUGCUUUUUGUCGUGCAAGGGGCCUUGCUUUUAGCUGUCUCUCAGCUGUCCUUGUGGCCCUAUGCCUUUUUUCACUCUCUCCUCCCUGCUUUUUCUCAGACCCUAACACCACACACACCCUUAUGCCUUGAUCUUCACCCGAGAGCCUAACACUCAGGGCUCAGCUGAGCUCUGCUGAUGGAUCCCAGAUCUACCUACUCCUCUUCCUGCCUGUCUGCUGGGAUUCCCACAUCUGUCCUACACAAACACCUUUGGAUCCUCUCUCCGAUCCCUCCCUGUUUUCAUCCCCAGUCCUGUCCCUUUUACCACCCAUCUGCACACUCUCUGUACCUUUCUCUGAGCCCUUAGACUCUUUCUGCCUCACUCUCUCUGUCUGUCUCUCUGUCUCUGUCACUGUCUCUGUCUCUGUCUGUUUCUCUGUCUUUCUCUGUCUCUGCUUUCCUCUGGCCUUUGCCUAGUUUGGGUUCUCUCUGGUUUUGUUUGCAGGGGGAGGAGCUGCAGUCUUUUUUCACUCUCUCGGGUUUUCUCCCUCCCUGGGCUGCUUUCAGUCUCUCUCUGCUUUCUUACCUUCCCCUGGGCUUUUUGGGGCUGGGUCUCAGUUGUUUGUGCAGCCUCACCCAUGUCUCUGUUAACUGGGGCCUUCCCCACUCUUUUACAGACCGUAACAUCACACAGACACACACACACACACACACACACACACACACACACACACACAUACACACACACACACACCUAUGCCCUGAUCAUCAACCAUGAGCCUAACACACACAGCAGCUCAGCUCAGCUCAGCUCAGUGGAUUCUAAUCUAAGCCUCUGCCUGGGUCUUGCUGCUGGGAUUGCCCUGUCUGUCUUCAGUCCCUUUGCCUCUUUUGGAUCCCUCCCUCCAUCCCUCAUUCCCCAGUUUAUCCCCCCCCCCUCCUUUCCCAUUUACCACUGGCUGGGCUGUCCCCUCUGUGCUAUUCUCCGGGGGGCCCUUUAACUCUUUGGACAUCUCUGUCUCUGGCUGUUUCUCCAUCUCUGUCUCUGUCUCUUUCUUUGCUUUUCUCAGGACCUCUGCUCUUUGAAGUUUUACAUUCUUGCCUUUUGGCUCUGGGCUCUGUGCUCUGGUUUCUGUGCUGUGGUCUCUGGGCUCUUGGAGGCUGGGCACAGAGUGGAGGGGACUGAGUGAGUGAGUGGGCUGCCUGGGAGUGGCAGACAGGAUGCAGGGAGUGGAGUAGGGUGGCAACAGGGUGUUGGUUCCGGAGGCUUAGCUAGAGGAGUGCUGGAUUAGGGCAGGCCAGUGGACCCCAGGCAGCUAGGGUUAGGAUGGCCUGGGUUAGAAUUAGCGCAGGGUUGCAGUUUAGCCAGCCUCUGGGCUUAACAGGCAGGGAUUUAGGGAGGCAAUGGGCUGCCACGCCCCAGCAGCCAUGCCACACCCCAGGCUGGAUUGGAUCUGCUGUGGGUUCAUGCACCAUGAAUUCCACAGCCUAGGUGAAAUUUUCCAAGUGGGAAAAGUCUGUCUGCUGACUGAACAUCGAAUUCUCCGAGGCUUUCCUGCUUCCUCUCAGCAUCCAAGGCCUCCGAGGUUCUCCUGUGUCCCUGAGUCCCUGGCUUUCUGAUUUCCAAGAUUGGGCAGAGUUCAGUCAAGGUUCCCUGCCUGGCUUUAAACCCUGCUUUGUCUGGGAUUUCUGGGUUCCCUGAGCUCCCUGGGUGCCCUGCCUCCUCUAUCCUCUCUGCCUCUUCUGGCUGCCCUGGCUGGCUUCCCCAGUCUCCCUCCUGGCUUCCCUGGCACCCCUUCUUCCCAGGCUCCCUGGGCUCCCUGGCUCCUCCUUGCCUUCCUUCGUGGUCCCUGGGUGCUGCUCUGCCUCCCCAGGCUUCUCCGCCUCCUCUGUCUGCCCUGGAUUGCCUCCCUGAUGUCCUUGCUUCCCGGGCCCCCUUCCUUCCCUGGCUGCUUGCCUUCCUCUGUGCUCCUGGCCUGGCUGCCAGCCUCCUUGCCUUCACCCAGGGGCAUCAGCACAGGCCACCCUCCCUCCUAGUCCUCACUGUCCACGUGGCCAUCCCAUUUUGGUGAUUCUCCCAUCCAGAGUUCUUUGGAGUACACCCUGCUGAUCCCCACUCGCUGAUGGCUCUCUGCCCUCUCAGCCCUAAUCCUUAAUCAGCCCCAUAUUCUUUUCCACUUUUUUAAAAUGAAAAUCCUGGGGGCUGGGUGUUUAACUCAGCGGCAUAAACACCUGCCUUGCAAGCAGGGGGUCCUGAAUUCGAUCCCCGGUACAGAUAAAAAUGAAAAAGACCAAGAAAAAAAAAUGAAAUGAAAACCCUGCCUCUGAAAUCCUGAGUCCACCCCAUAAUGCCAUCCUCCUCCUCAGCCAAUGAGCGAGCCAGGAAGUGAGUGAAGGGAAAGGGGACUUCCGGGACACCAGGGUGGUGCCACAGGAGGAGAUGAAAGGAUUAGGGGCCAGGUUGAUGGGAUCUGCAGCCAGCAUGGAGGGAUUAGCUGGGCUGCACGGGCGUGGCCAGAUCUUGGGCUCCUGGGCUCCAGGGUUUCCCAUGCAUUCUCCCUGACUGACCUCAAGCCUUAACAAGCUCAGGCACCAGACACCAUGCAGCAGGAGUUAACCAGCCCACACAGCCAGACCUCUGGCUGGCCCUCCAGAGCUCCCCUUCCCUGCUUUCUCUCUCCAUUCCCCUCCAGGUUCCCAGGACCCAUCUUGCUGGCCCAGCUCCUGGCUCCCAGCUCUCCCAGGAGCUCUGCCUGCUUGCCUGGCUACCUGCCUGACUUCAGGGACCCCAUGACAAUGCGGACCAAGAAGAGAUGGGGACAACAGCCAUCUGCCAUGCAUCGAGUGAGGUUCCUGGGACUUGGCACUCCCAGCUCCUGGAUCCUGGCUCACCAUGCAUCUCCUCCCUCCUGCCAGCCUGCCUGCCCUCCAGGACCCCGUGAUGAUGCGGGCCACGAUGAGUUGAGGCGGACAACAGCUGUCCACCAGACAGCCAGCAAGGUUCCUGGAACCCAGCUCUCUGGGCUCAGGGCUCUGGCCCCCCCAGCUGCAGCCUCCCAGCUCCAAGCUGCCGGCUCUGCUGGAAGCUCCUACCUGCCUGCCUGCCUGACUGCCUGCUGGCCUUCCUGCCUUCCAGGACCCCACGACGAUGAGCAAGAGGAGAUGAGGGGGACCACAGCCAUCCAGCACACACCACAGCACAGCCAGAUGACCACCUGGGCUGGCUGUUGGUGUAGACCAUGAGCAUCUAUAGGCUCAGAUCCCAGAGCAUAUACUUUGUGCAGGGAAGGUUUCCCACGUGGCACUGCGGCUUAGGUCGGAGACUGGAGGCCACUGGGUUCCAUACCAAUCUCUGAUGGCUGCUGCUGGACACCAGUACCCUCUGAGGUGGUGCCAGGACCCUCGGAUGGCUAUAGAUAUGUAUCCUGCCCGUUUCUACUGUGCACGUGUGUGUGAGUGUGUGGGGGAUGCCUUGCCCCAGCAGGGCCCUCCUACAUGUUCGGGCCAAGGGGUCAGGAGAUUCGUAAGGAAGGCUAUGACCAAGGAAGGAGGCCAUCGGGGAGCACCAGGGGGCACCCGCACAGCUGACACACAAAUGGACGUGAGGGUCACAUGGACUGGUUCACCUGUCUGUGGCAAGUGAAGACAGAAGAACUGUACCGACACACAGAUGGGCACAUUUUCCUGGGGCCCAUGUCUUCGAGGAACCUGCAGCCUUGUCACCCUCUGUCUAUCUGUCUGAUCAGAAGGGAGUUACCUUGUUACCUGCCACCAAGGGUGCCAUAGCAAGCGGUGGCUGUGUCUGAUGACAGACAGGAGAGAGGUGGUGCCACGUGUUGUUGGCUGUCUCUGUCUUUGGGCUGCAUGUAGGGGAACUCAGGGUUGUGUGUGUAUAGGGCUGGGUCAGCAUCCAGUGUGUGCCAGGACUGGCCUGGGUCCUUCUGAGAGCAGGCACAGCCCCUGGAAUGAAUUCCUGCUGUUGGUCUUGCCUGCCUCCAUGGGGCCUCCAAUGUUGGGGUCUUUUCCCCCUACCCUUACCUUCAUCCUGGGCUCUGCAUAGAUCCUUCAGGCUCAUACGAUGGUCUGCAUCAUGCCCACUAGCUACCCUCCAGGGCUAACAAUGGAAGGUUGUUGGGGUCACAGAGCAGCCUGAUAUUGGCUCCUCCUCUGAGGUUGAGGAAAGAGCAGUGCCAGUACCCUCUAAAGGGACUGAAUCUCUCUGUAGAGCACAGCCUAGUGUGACCCAUAUAGUUCCACCCUCCAACUGGGAGGGGGACUGAAGACCUCUAGUUCUGAUGAGCCCACCCAUCACUGAUGAAUGUCAGAUUCUAAUUAAGUCACUUCCAGCAGGACUUCUAGAGCCAGGAGGUGGUUGUUGAGGAUUUGGGGAGCAGUGUAUUAAGUUGCGGGAGUGGCCCUGGGGGGGUUCAUGUUAGGUCUACCAGAGGGGUGAGGGUUAGAGAUCUGCUGGGAUUAGGGAGCCAGUGGCUUAGAGAAGCCCCUAUUCACAUGAACCCCCACCUCCUACUCCAUCCCCCACCCACCACAAAGGAAUGCCAGUUUAGAUGCUGGAUUAGAAUCAACCCCACCCUAGAGGAAGUUGCUGUGUUGUACCAAAAAGCAACUUGACAGUCUAGUUGAAUUGUUCCCCAUGGAAAAAUUUAUUGCAUUUCUCUUUUCCUAACGUAGCAUCCUGAAACAUGGAGAAAUCACUGGCUCACCUUAAAAGUCCCAUCAGAGCAGCAAAAGGAGCCAGCCAGCAGGGUGAACCACGCCCCUUCCCCAGGCCUGCCUCACACAGGAGACAAAAAUCAGCCCUCUUACUUCACCAAAGGAGGCGGGAGGAGAAAGGUGUCUGUCUGUCUGUCUGAUGCUGAGUGAAAAUCCAUGUCAACCUCUAGCUGAAUGUCAUUUCCAGUGGGAUACCUGUCUGCCUGUUUGGUUUGGUGGUUCUCAGAUCCAGAGAUCCGUGAAAAAACACAGAAAGAGUGUUCAGGCUUGGCUCCCUGGCUCCCAGCCUCCUGCGCUCACACUGGGCACUGAUGAGUGCAGGUUCACAACACAAACAUGCUCCCCCCGCAUCCACCCACACCCCAACUCUAACAACCCACACAGAUGUCCUGAUCAUCACCUAUAAAACUGGCAUAUGAAGCUCAGCUCGGCUCAGCACUGCACUGCUCUGCUUCACUUGGCUCUGCUCAGCUGGGCUCCAUAAACCCCACAUGUGUCUGUCUAUCCAUUUGCCCCCUGAUUGGACUGACUCCUAGAUCAUCAUCCAUGAACCCACUUGGGACCCGUUUCUCUCUGUUUGCUCUCUCUCUCUCUCUCUCUCUCUCUCUCUGUCUCUCUCUCUCUCUCUCUGCUUUUUGUCGUGCAAGGGGCCUUGCUUUUAGCUGUCUCUCAGCUGUCCUUGUGGCCCUAUGCCUUUUUUCACUCUCUCCUCCCUGCUUUUUCUCAGACCCUAACACCACACACACCCUUAUGCCUUGAUCUUCACCCGAGAGCCUAACACUCAGGGCUCAGCUGAGCUCUGCUGAUGGAUCCCAGAUCUACCUACUCCUCUUCCUGCCUGUCUGCUGGGAUUCCCACAUCUGUCCUACACAAACACCUUUGGAUCCUCUCUCCGAUCCCUCCCUGUUUUCAUCCCCAGUCCUGUCCCUUUUACCACCCAUCUGCACACUCUCUGUACCUUUCUCUGAGCCCUUAGACUCUUUCUGCCUCACUCUCUCUGUCUGUCUCUCUGUCUCUGUCACUGUCUCUGUCUCUGUCUGUUUCUCUGUCUUUCUCUGUCUCUGCUUUCCUCUGGCCUUUGCCUAGUUUGGGUUCUCUCUGGUUUUGUUUGCAGGGGGAGGAGCUGCAGUCUUUUUUCACUCUCUCGGGUUUUCUCCCUCCCUGGGCUGCUUUCAGUCUCUCUCUGCUUUCUUACCUUCCCCUGGGCUUUUUGGGGCUGGGUCUCAGUUGUUUGUGCAGCCUCACCCAUGUCUCUGUUAACUGGGGCCUUCCCCACUCUUUUACAGACUGUAACAUCACACAGACACACACACACACACACACACACACACACACACACACACAUACACACACACACACCUAUGCCCUGAUCAUCAACCAUGAGCCUAACACACACAGCAGCUCAGCUCAGCUCAGCUCAGUGGAUUCUAAUCUAAGCCUCUGCCUGGGUCUUGCUGCUGGGAUUGCCCUGUCUGUCUUCAGUCCCUUUGCCUCUUUUGGAUCCCUCCCUCCAUCCCUCAUUCCCCAGUUUAUCCCCCCCCCCUCCUUUCCCAUUUACCACUGGCUGGGCUGUCCCCUCUGUGCUAUUCUCCGGGGGGCCCUUUAACUCUUUGGACAUCUCUGUCUCUGGCUGUUUCUCCAUCUCUGUCUCUGUCUCUUUCUUUGCUUUUCUCAGGACCUCUGCUCUUUGAAGUUUUACAUUCUUGCCUUUUGGCUCUGGGCUCUGUGCUCUGGUUUCUGUGCUGUGGUCUCUGGGCUCUUGGAGGCUGGGCACAGAGUGGAGGGGACUGAGUGAGUGAGUGGGCUGCCUGGGAGUGGCAGACAGGAUGCAGGGAGUGGAGUAGGGUGGCAACAGGGUGUUGGUUCCGGAGGCUUAGCUAGAGGAGUGCUGGAUUAGGGCAGGCCAGUGGACCCCAGGCAGCUAGGGUUAGGAUGGCCUGGGUUAGAAUUAGCGCAGGGUUGCAGUUUAGCCAGCCUCUGGGCUUAACAGGCAGGGAUUUAGGGAGGCAAUGGGCUGCCACGCCCCAGCAGCCAUGCCACACCCCAGGCUGGAUUGGAUCUGCUGUGGGUUCAUGCACCAUGAAUUCCACAGCCUAGGUGAAAUUUUCCAAGUGGGAAAAGUCUGUCUGCUGACUGAACAUCGAAUUCUCCGAGGCUUUCCUGCUUCCUCUCAGCAUCCAAGGCCUCCGAGGUUCUCCUGAGUCCCUGAGUCGCUGGCUCUCUGCCUUCCAAGAUUGGGCAGAGUUCAGUCAAGGUUCCCUGCCUGGCUUUAAACCCUACUUUGUCUGGGAUUUCUGGGUUCCCUGAGCUCCCUGGGUGCCCUGCCUCCUCUAUCCUCUCUGCCUCUUCUGGCUGCCCUGGCUGGCUUCCCCAGUCUCCCUCCUGGCUUCCCUGACACCCCUUCUUCCCAGGCUCCCUGGGCUCCCUGGCUCCUCCUUGCCUUCCUUCCUGGUCCCUGGGUGCUGCUCUGCCUCCCCAGGCUUCUCCGCCUCCUCUGUCUGCCCUGGAUUGCCUCCCUGAUGUCCUUGCUUCCCGGGCCCCCUUCCUUCCCUGGCUGCUUGCCUUCCUCUGUGCUCCUGGCCUGGCUGCCAGCCUCCUUGCCUUCACCCAGGGGCAUCAGCACAGGCCACCCUCCCUCCUAGUCCUCACUGUCCACGUGGCCAUCCCAUUUUGGUGAUUCUCCCAUCCAGAGUUCUGUGGAGUACACCCUGCUGAUCCCCACACGCUGAUGGCUCUCUGCCCUCUCAGCCCUAAUCCCUAAUCAGCCCCAUAUUCUUUUCCACUUUUUUAAAAUGAAAAUCCUGGGGGCUGGGUGUUUAACUCAGCGGCAUAAACACCUGCCUUGCAAGCAGGGGGUCCUGAAUUCGAUCCCCGGUACAGAUAAAAAUGAAAAAGACCAAGAAAAAAAAAUGAAAUGAAAACCCUGCCUCUGAAAUCCUGAGUCCACCCCAUAAUGCCAUCCUCCUCCUCAGCCAAUGAGCGAGCCAGGAAGUGAGUGAAGGGAAAGGGGACUUCCGGGACACCAGGGUGGUGCCACAGGAGGAGAUGAAAGGAUUAGGGGCCAGGUUGAUGGGAUCUGCAGCCAGCAUGGAGGGAUUAGCUGGGCUGCACGGGCGUGGCCAGAUCUUGGGCUCCUGGGCUCCAGGGUUUCCCAUGCAUUCUCCCUGACUGACCUCAAGCCUUAACAAGCUCAGGCACCAGACACCAUGCAGCAGGAGUUAACCAGCCCACACAGCCAGACCUCUGGCUGGCCCUCCAGAGCUCCCCUUCCCUGCUUUCUCUCUCCAUUCCCCUCCAGGUUCCCAGGACCCCUCUUGCUGGCCCAGCUCCUGGCUCCCAGCUCUCCCAGGAGCUCUGCCUGCUUGCCUGGCUACCUGCCUGACUUCAGGGACCCCAUGACAAUGCGGACCAAGAAGAGAUGGGGACAACAGCCAUCUGCCAUGCAUCGAGUGAGGUUCCUGGGACUUGGCACUCCCAGCUCCUGGAUCCUGGCUCACCAUGCAUCUCCUCCCUCCUGCCAGCCUGCCUGCCCUCCAGGACCCCGUGAUGAUGCGGGCCACGAUGAGUUGAGGCGGACAACAGCUGUCCACCAGACAGCCAGCAAGGUUCCUGGAACCCAGCUCUCUGGGCUCAGGGCUCUGGCCCCCCCAGCUGCAGCCUCCCAGCUCCAAGCUGCCGGCUCUGCUGGAAGCUCCUACCUGCCUGCCUGCCUGACUGCCUGCUGGCCUUCCUGCCUUCCAGGACCCCACGACGAUGAGCAAGAGGAGAUGACUGGGACCACAGCCAUCCAGCACACACCACAGCACAGCCAGGCUGACCAGCGACUCUCUGAGACUUUGGAAACCAGUGAUCCAGGCCAGUGGUGGUCCCUCAUUGCAGGCCAGCUAAACUCAGCUCAUCUCACUGGACUGCAAAUGCAUCCAUCCUGCUGCUCGGAUUCCUCUGUGUGUCUGUCAUUCACGAACUCACUUCAGACCGUUUGCAUUUUUUUGCUCUUUAGCCCAUGUUGUAACUUGGCAUAACUGACAGCAUCAGCAACAAGCCCAGAAUUUCAUUUUACUAGUGCCCUGUAUUGGACCCAAGAAAAUGGAAGAUGACUCAGGCUACAAGUCCCAUGAGAAAACCAGAAUGAGCUGUGGUACCUACAGAUUGAGAAAAACAUGGAAACCUGCUCACCCAAAGAAGCAGGGUUCAGCUGUCGGUCAACUUAAAAGGACUGAAAGAUUCGAGCCAAAUUGUUUGGAACAGUAUCAGGAUGUCUUUUGGGAUUCUCUCUUUCAGAGACUCUAUCCCUUUCCAGUUCACUCUGAUACUGCCGCCUGUUCCAUGUUUGGCCACCAGAGGGCAAAGCUGAGAACCCAGCCACAGUGGAAGAUUCUCAAGUCCACCUAGACAGGCAUAGAGGCAGAGAAAGACAUCACAGACACUGCGCGCGACACAUUCUUUCUGGAAUGGACCUGCCCGUGUUGGAGGGGGGCACAGGAGGGAGGAUGGCACCUCAUUUGGGAGGGUUAGGCUUAGGCUUAGGCUAGGGUCAGAGUUUUAGGCUGUAGAAGCUAAGGAAGGUGCUCUGACACUAGCUUUCCUGAGGACUAACAUCUCUCUGGGGUUGCCUGUGGCCUUGCAUCUGAGGCCAGUGUUUCUUCUCCAUCUCUCUUCAUCCAUAAAAGGCUGGAGGUUGUCAGAGAACUUGGACCCUGGCAGUACCUCUGGGAUAAUGUGCCUGUCCUCUUUAGCCACCAGAGGCGCUGUCUCAUUUGGGCAGAAGAAGACGAUGUGCGUGUCCCUCUGGCCACCUGAUGGUGCUGUCUCAUCUGAGGAGAGCGUGGCAGGCAGGAAAGCUGAUGACACAGUGAUGGGGGCUAUUUCUCUCUCUCUUUUGCAGAUGACCACCCGGGCUCGCUGUUGGUGUACACCACGAGCAUCUGUAGGCUCAGAUCCCCUAGCAUAUACUUUGUGCAGGAAAGGUUUCCCAGGUGGGACUGAGGCUUCAGUUGGAGACUGGAGGCCACUGGGCUCCGUACCAAUCUCUGAUGGCUGCUGCUGGACACCAGUACCCUCUGCGGUGGUGCCAGGACCCUCGGAUGGCUAUAGAUAUGUGUCCUGCCCGUUUCUAGUGUGCUCGUGUGUGUGUCAGGGGGAUGCCUUCCCCAGCAGGGCCCUCCUACAUGGACAGGCCAAGGGGUCAGGAGAUUCGUAAGGAAGGCUAUGACCAAGAAAGGAGGCCAUCCGGGAGCACCAGGGGGCACCGCACAGCUGACACACAAAUGGACGUGAGGGUCACAUGGACUGGUUCACCUGUCUGUGGCAAGUGAAGACAGAAGAACUGUACCGACACACAGAUGGGCACAUUUUCUGGGGCCCAUGUCUUCAAGGAACCUGCAGCCUUUUCACCCUCUGUCUGUCUGUCUGGUCAGAAGGGAGUUACCUUGUUUCCUGCCACCAAGGGUGCCAUAGCAAGUGGUGGCUGUGUCUGAUGACAGACGGGAGAGAGGUGGUGCCACAUGUUGUUGGCUGUCCUUGUCUUUGGGCUGCAUGUAGGGGAACUCAGGGUUGUGUGUGUAUAUGACUGGGUCAGCAUCCAGUGUGUGCCAGGACUGGCCUGGGUCCUUCUGAAAGCAGGCACAGCCCCUGGAAUGAAUCCCUGUUGUUGGUCUUUCCUGCCUCUGUGGGUCCUCCAAUGUUGGGGUCUUUACCCCACCCUUACCUUCACCCUGGGCUCUGCAUAGACCCUUCAGGCUCAUACGAUGGUCUGCAUUGUGCCCACUAGCUAACCUCCAAGCCCAACAAUGGAAGGUUGUUGGGGUCACAGAGCAGCCUGAUAUCAGCUUCUCCCCUGAGGUUCAGGAGGGAGCAGUGUCAGUACUGCCUAAAGUGACUGACUCUCUCUGUGGAACAAAGCCUAGUGUGACCCAUAUGGCUCCACCCUCCAACUGGGAGGGUGUCUGAAGACCCCUAGUUCUGAUGAGCCCACACCUUGACUGAUGAAUGUCUGAUUCUAACUAAGUCACUUCCAGUGGGACUUCUGGAGCCAGGAGGUGGUUGUUGAGGAUUUGGGGAGCAGUGUGUUAGGUCACGGGAGUGGCCCUAUGGGGUUGGUGUUAGGUCUAGCAGAGGCGUGAGGGUUAGAGAUCUGCUGGGAUUAGGGAGCCUGUGGCUUAGAGAAGCCCCUAUUCACAUGAACCCCCACCUCCUACUCCCUCCCCCACCCACCACAAAGGAAUGCCAGCUUAGAGGCUGGAUUAGAAACACCCCCACCUAGAGAGGAAGUUGCUGUGUUGUACCAAAAAGCAAAUCGACAGUCUAGUUGAAUUGUUCGCCAUGGAAAUAUUUAUUGUGUUUCUCUGUUCCAAAGGUAGCAUACUCAAACAUGGAGAAAUGCCUCACUCACCUUUAAAGUCCCAUCAGAGCAGCAAAAGGAGCCAGCCAGCAGGGUGAACCACGCCCCUUCCCCAGGCCUGCCUCACACAGGAGACAAAAAUCAGCCCUCUCACUUCACCAAAGGAGGCGGGAGGAGAAAGGUGUCUGUCUCUCUGUCUGUCUGAUGCUGAGUGAAAAUCCAUGUCAAACUCUAGCCGAAUGUCAUUUCCAGUGGGAUACCUGUCGGCCUGUUUGGUUUGGUGGUCCUCGGAUCCAGAGAUCUGUGAAAAAAAAACACAGAAAGAGUGUUCAGGCUUGGCUCCCUGGCUCCCAGCCUCCUGUGCUCACACUGGGCACUGAUGAGUGCAGGUUCACAACACAAACAUGCUCCCCCCGCAUCCACCCAAACCCCAACUCUAACAACACACAGAGGUGUCCUGAUCCUCACCUAUAAAACUGGAAUAUGAAGCUCAGUUCGGCUCAGCACUGCACUGCUCUGCUUCACUUGGCUCAGCUCAGCUGGGCUCCAUAAACACCAAAUGUGUCUGUCUAUCCAUUUGCCCCCUGAUUGGACUGACUCCUAGAUCAUCAUCCAUGAACCCACUUGGGUCCCGUUUCCCUCUGUUUGCUCUCUCUCUCUCUCUCACUCUUUCUCUCUCUCUCUCUCUACCUCUCUCUGCUUUAUGUCCUGCAAUGGCCCUUGCUUUUAACUGUCUCUCAGCUGUUCUUGGGGCCCCGUGCCUUUUUCCACUCUCUCCUUCCCUGCUUUUUCUCAGACCCUAACACCACACACACCCUUAUGCCUUGAUCCUCACCCGUGAGCCUAACACUCACGGCUCAGCUCAGCUCUGCUGAUGGAUCCCAGAUCUACCUACUCCUCUUCCUGCAUGUCUCUGCUGGGAUUCCCACAUCUGUCCUACACAAACACCUUUGGAUCUUCCCUCUGAUCCCUCCCUGUUUUCAUCCCUGUCCUGUCCCUUUUACCACCCAUCUGCACCCUCUCUGUACUGUUCUCUGAGCCCUUAGACUCUUUCUGCAUCUCUCUUUCUGCCUCACUCUCUCUGUCUGUCUGUCUCUCUGUCUCUGUCACUGUCUCUCGCUGUCUCUGCUUUCCUCUGGCCUUUGCCUAGUUUGGGUUCUCUCUGGUUUUGUUUGCAGGGGGAGGAGCUGCAGUCUUUUUUCACUCUCUCGGGUUUUCUCCCUCCCUGGGCUGCUUUUCAGUCUCUCUCUGCUUUCUUACCUUCCCCUGGGCUUUUUGGGGCUGGGUCUCAGCUGUUUGUGCCGCCCCACCCAUGUCUCUUUUCACUGUUGCCCUCCCCACUUUUUUAACACCCUAACAACAAACACACACACACACACACACACACACACACACACACACACACACCUAUUUCCUGAUCCUCACCCACUAGCCUAACAUACACAGCAGCUCAGCUCAGCUCAGCUCAGCUCAGUGGAUUCUAACCUAAGCCUCUGCCUGGGUCUUGCUGCUGGGAUUGCCCUGUCUGUCUUCAGUCCCUUUGCCUCUCUUGGAUCCCUCCCUCCUUCCCUCAUUCCCCAGUUUAUCCCCCCCCCUUUCCCUUUUACCACUGGCUGGCCUGUCCCCUCUGUGCUAUUCUCCGGGUAGCCCUUUGACUCUUUGGACAUCUCUGUCUGUGGCAGUUUCUCCAUCUCUGUGUCUGUCUCUUUCUUUGCUUUUCUCAGGACCUCUGCUCUUUGAAGUUUUACAUUCUUGCCUUUUGGCUCUGGGCUCUGUGCUCUGGUUUCUGGGCUGUGGUCUCUGGGCUCUUGGAGGCUGGGAACAGACUGGAGGGGACUGAGUGAGUGAGUGGGCUGCCUGGGGGUGGCAGAUGGGAUGCAGGGAGUGGAGUAGGGUGGCAACAGGGUGUUGGUUCCUGAGGCUUACCUAGAGGAGCGCUGGAUUAGGGCAGAGCAGUGGACCCCAGGCAACUAGGGUUAGAAUGGCUAGGGUUAGGAUUAGUGGAGGGUGGCAGUUUAGCCAGCCUCUGGGCUUAACAGGCAGGGAUUUAGGGAGGCAAUGGACUGCCACGCCCCAGCAGCCAUGCCACACCCCAGGCUGGAUUGGAUCUGCUGUGGGUUCAUCCAACAUGAAUUCCACAGCCGAGGUGAAAUUUUCCAAGUGGGAAAAGUCUGUCUGCUGACAGAACAUCGAAUUCUCCUAGGCUUUCCUGCUUCCUCUCAGCAUCCAAGGCCUCCGAGGUUCUCCUGAGUCCCUGAGUGGCUGGCUGUCUGCCUUCCAAGGUUGGGCAGAGUUCAGUCAAGGUUCCCUCCCUGGGCUUACCCUGCUUUCUCUGGGAUUUCUGGGUUCCCUGAGCUCCCUGGGUGCCCUGCCUCCUCUAUCCUCUCUGCCUCUUCUGGCUGCCCUGGCUGGAUCUCCUGAUCCCCCUCCUGGCUUCCCUGGCACCCCUUCUUCCCAGGCUCCCUGGGCUCCCUGGCUCCUCCUUGCCUUCCUUUGUGGUCCCUGGGUGCUGCUCAGCCUCCCCAGGCUUCUCUGCCUCCUCUGUCUGCCCUGGAUUGCCUCCCUGAUGUCCUUGCUUCCCGGGCCCCCUUCCUUCCCUGGCUCCUUGCCUUCCUCUGUGCUCCUGGCCUGGCUGCCAGCCUCCUUGCCUUCACCCAGGGGCAUCAGCACAGGCCACCCUCCCUCCUAGUCCUCACUGUCCACGUGGUCAUCCCAUUUUGGUGAUUCUCCCAUCCAGAGUUCUUUGGAGUACACCCUGCUGAUCCCCACACGCUGAUGGCCCUCUGCUCUCUCAGCCCUAAUCCCUAACCAGCCCCAUAUUUUUUUCCAUUUUUUUAAAUGAAAAUCCUGGGGGCUGGGGGUUUAACUCAGGGGCAUAAGCACCUGCCUUGCAAGCAGGCAGUCCUGAAUUCGAUCCCCAGUACAGAUAAAAAUGAAAAAGACCAAAAAAAUAAAUAAAUGAAAUAAAAUGAAAAUCCUGCCUCUGAAAUCCUGAGGACCCGCCACAACCCCGUCCUCCUCCUCAACCAAUGAGCGAGCAAGAAAGUGAGCAAAGGGAAAGGGGCUUCCUGGACACCAGCAAGGUGCCACAGGAGGAGAUGCAAGGGUUAGCGGCCAGGGUGGAGGGAUCUGCAGCCAGGGUGGAGGGAUUAGCAGGGCUGCACGGGCGUGGCCAGAUCUACUGGCUCCUGGCCUCCGGGAUUUCCCAUGCAUUCUCCCUGAGCAAGCUCAAGGCUUCACAGGCUCAGGCACCAGGCACCAGGCAGCAGGAGUUAACCGGCCCACACAGCCAGACCCCUGGCUUGCCCUCCAGAGCACCCCCUCGCUGCUUUCUCUCUCCAUUCCCCUCCAGGUUCCCAGGACCCCUCUUGCUUGCCCAGCUCCUGGCUCCCAGCUCUCCCAGGAGCUCUGCCUGCUUGCCUGGCUACCUGCCUGCCUUCUGGGACCCCAUGACAAUGCGGACCAAGAAGAGAUGGGGACAACAACCAUCUGCCAUGCAUCGAGUGAGGUUCCUGGGACUUGGCACUCCCAGCUCCUGGAUUCUGGUUCACCAUGCACCUCCUCCCUCCUGCCAGCCUGCGUGCCCUCCAGGACCCCAUGAUGAUGCGGGCCACGAUGAGUUGAGGAGGACAACAGCUGUCUACCAGACAGCCAGCAAGGUUCCUGGAACCCAGCUCUCUGGGCUCAGGGCUUUGGCCCCCCCAGCUCCAAGCUCCCAGCUCCAAGCUGCCCCCUCUGCUCGAAGCUCCUACCUGCCUGCCUGCCUGACUGCCUGCUGGCCUUCCUGCCUUCCAGGACCCCACCACGAUGAGCAAGAGGAGAUGACUGGGACCACAGCCAUACACCACACAGCACAGCCCAGCCAGGCUGACCAGCGACUCUCUGAGACUUUUGACACCAGUGAUCCAGGCCAGUGGUGGUCCCUCAGUGCAGGCCAGCUAAGCUCAGCUCAUCUCACUGGACUGCAAAUGCAUCCAUCCUGCUGCUCGGAUUCCUCUGUGUGUCUGUCAUUCACGAACUCACUUCAGACCAUUUGCAUCUUUUUGCUCUCUGGCCCAUGUGGUAGCUUGGCAUAACUGACACCAGCAACAAGCCCAGAAUUUCAUUUUACUAGUGCCCUGUAUUUGACCCAAGAAAAUGGAAGAUGACUCAGGAUACAAGUCCCAUGAGAAAACCAGAAUGAGCUGUGGUACCUACAGAUUGAGAAAAACAUGGAAACCUGCUCACCCAAAGAAGCAGGGUUCAGCUGUCGGUCAACUUAAAAGGACUGAAAGAUUCGAGCCAAAUUGUUUGGAACAAUAUCAGGAUGUCUUUUGGGAUUCUCUCUUUCAGAGACUCUAUCCCUUUUGCAGUUCACUCUGAUGCUGCCGCCUGUUCCAUGUUUGGCCACCAGAGGGCAAAGCUUGCAAACCCAGCCACAGUGGAAGAUUCUUAAGUCCACCCAGACAGACAUAGAGGCAGAGAAAGACAUCACAGACACUGCGCGCGACACAUUCUUUCUGGAAUGGACCUGCCCGAGUUGGAGGGAGAUGACCACCCGGGCUGGCUGUUGGUGUAGACCACGAGCACCUAUAGGCCCAUAUCCCCGAGCAUAUACUUUGUGCAGGGAAGGUUUCCCACUGGGGACUGAGGCUUAGGUUGGAGACUGGAGUCCACUGGGCUCCGUACCAAUCUCUGAUGGCUGCUGCUGGACACUAGUACCCUCUGAGGCAGCAUCGUGAAACAUGGAGAAAUCACUCACUCACUGUUCAAGUCCUAUGAGAGAAGCAAAAGAAGCCAGCGAGCAGGGAGGGCCUGAGGCAAUCAUCUGGAGGCAAGGCAGCCAUGUGGCUGCCACAUUAUCAAGUCUCUUGGAAAGAUAGGCAACAGGCCUUUGCCAUGGUCCUAAUCUCUGGGUCAGUACUCCUUUUGCUAUCCCUCACUUUUCAUCAACAUAGAGGGAAAGAGGUUUUGCAAAUUUGGCAGAGCCAGAGCUGGAGCUUCUGUUAAGACUGAUUUCUUAAAAGCCUGGUCUCCUGAGUCUGUAAUCUAAAGCAAGCAAUAUCCUAUGGCUCUUAGAAAUUCUCAUAGUUGCUUUCUAGUCACAGGGACUGGAAUCUGUUGAAUGGCUUGCAUCUGCUGGGAGGAAAGAAUCAGUUCUAAGCAAACUCUAAUAAAUAACUGAGGGGCGUUUCCUCAAAUCCCUCAAGCCUUUGCAAUUUUCACUUAAUAUCAGGGGCCAACAGUUACAAAGGCAAUAUUAAUGGCCCUUGCAUUUUUAGGUGCCACUGGAUCUAUGGGUGUACAAAAGUAAUAAGCCUCUAGCAAUUAUUCCAGAAACCCCAAGGAGGACUCGUCAUCCAACUGUCUCACCUCUUCUACCUUGGAAAAAUUGGUGGGUUUUCUGGCAUCCCUUAAAGGAUUCUGAGAACAACUGGCGAUACUGAUCAAGAGCCUUGUUACCUCUGGUUUUCCAGUCAGGGCGGGAAAGGGGAAAACAUGGUUCUGGCAUUCAGGAUCAGAGAACAGGUUUUUAUCUGGAAUUCAUACUAUUUUUUAUCCCACAGUAUGAAUGUUCUCUCUCCCUUCUGCUGUAAACAGAACCUACCAAAAUCUGCUUGUAGUCAUCCCAAGUGGGGUGGUGAAUGGAGAAGACAGACUCCAAAAGAGAAAUAAGGCCCUGAGGGGUGAGGAAGAGGAGUCCGGCGAUUCUGAACGCUGAUGGCUCCUAGUCGGGAUGGCACUGAGAAUUACAUUCCUUUUUAAUUUAUAUAUAUAUAUAUAUAUAUUUGCAUUUUAACCAGAAAUAAAAAUAAUUUUUAAAGGCA